AUGUCGUGCGACAACCCCGAAUGUUGUCCCCAGGGGCCGCCGCAGCGAAAGCCGAAGCUGCAGCACCCGCCCAACCUCGACGGCAAAAUUGAGGCGGUGAUGUUGCAGGAACCUGAUGACCUUCUCCUCAAUGAUGACGAGGAUUGGUUUUGCGAGCCGGCAAAUGCUAUCAAGUGCAAAUAUGUCUGGGCCUGGAAAAACUUGCGAUGCUGUAUUUGGAUUCCAAAGAAAUCUGUAUUGCGUGAGAAGCAAAGGGAGCGUGACUUUUGCUACGCGGACGGGGCAUUUUUUAUGCGGAAUAGGCAUCAAGAAAUCGAUCCUCAAAAACUCUGUGGCGCUCCACACAGACGUCAUGGCUCAUGCAGAACGUGCAUGACAAGUCUCAGAAUCUCCAAGGCCAUGACAUAUUUGCAUUUGAUAAACGACGAGGACAUCGACCUGGGCGACGAGAUCGGCACCGAAGGCGUCGAUAUGCCGAAGCGCGCCGAUACCGUGGAAAGCUUUGUGCGGUGGUAUCAAGUGUAAAAAUGUCUGGGUCUGGAAACUUGUAAUGCUAAAAGUGAAUGAUGGACCUACUGCAAUACGCAGCUAUGCAUAACAAAUUUUUUGGCUGCCAUGCCUUACGUAUUCCGCAUGGCAAACUGCGUUUUUGCAUGACAGGUAAGAGGGCCUUUCCGUGCCUAUGCAACACAGAUUCUCGACUCAUGCCAGACAAGCAUGACAAACUUGCAUUCUUUCAGACCCAGACACUUUUGCAUUUGAUAGGUGGGGGAACAUCACUACAACGAACCGCACCCAGCUCGGAGUUUGUGUCGCCCUAGGCAAGUACUACGCCAGGGUGGCAAGGGCACAAGCGGCCGAGCGGCACCAGCUGGAAAAGGAGGAACAGCGGGAGCAGAAGACUAGGGCAAAAACCAAGGCCGCCGAGGCCAAGAAGCGGGCGAGAGAGCUACCGCAGGGCGCCUUUCGCGACGACUGGAUAAACGGGUAUGCCCCGCGCCAGUUUUGGUACCAGUGCUGGCACGCCGCCACGUGUGUUGCCGGCCGUUGUAAAAAAAGAGUCAUGAAACUAAAUGUGGUAGACUACAUGCUGGAACCAGUGUAAGACUUUAGAGAAAUGAACGCUACAUCCUGGAGCUGCUUUCUCUUGACGGGUCAAGGAAUUAGAAUUAGAACACGACGAACACGACGAUGAUCAGCGCGAGGAAUUAGAAUUCAAACACAACGAUCGGCACGACGAUGAAGAUAAGCAGAUGAAAUAAAGGCAAUUGACUUACGCUUGCGCCUUUUUGCCGUGUCGGAAAAUCUACGAGACAACGCAUUGAACUUCGCCGG